CAAACAAGAUUGACGAGCUUCCGCCUCGGUCCUCAUGCGAUUCAAGGCCGGGAUGUCACACAACACCUCGGUGCCUCAAGGAGAAAUCGAACUGCUUCCUUCCAUCAAGAUCCGUCGUCUGCGGUCCACACUCCUCCGCCCAGGAGACAUUUCCCCAUCUUACGAGUUCGUCCCCGGGGGAAAAUCCGGGGUCGGACGGGCGAACGGCCGGCCGUGUCCCUGAUUGCGAUGGAUGCCCCACACUCUAAGUCCCUCCCGACUACCCGCUUCCGGGGUUCUAAUUCGAUACCAGACUUUACUACUCUAUAGUCUUGCUGCAGGUCGACCGACCAGGCCAAGAAGAAUUCCUCUGCCGUGUCCGGCGGAACCUUUCUCGUGUCUAUACUGGUGGCGACCCCAGGAUCAUGGUGGCAUUGAACCAGACUUUUUCUGUUCCGUUACUCGAAAUGCUAGCCGCAGAUGGAUACCUUGUGGUGAGCAGUCUGGAUUCGAAACCGAUAAUCCAAUAGUACUGAGAUGUACGACACGGAAACCUCCACGUUGACAAGAAAGGAAAACCGUAUCCGCUCAAUCAUAGCACAACGGAACAAAUAGACACUUGCGUU